UCUCUCUCUCUCUCUCUCUCCCUCCGGUGCGCGCGGUGAAUGAACGGGCCUCUUUAACAUAUUCAGACCAACGUCAUCGGCUGAAGGUGGAUCACGCCGUGCAGCCUUUUCUAUAAAACCCCCCCGCAGCCCGCUCGCUGUGGAGGAACAGUCGCCGGGGUUCGGGCAGAGAAGGCGAGAAGGACAAACUGUUUCAAAGCGCACGGAUUUAUCUCGCCGCUGACAAAAGAGCUGUUCAAGAGUUUACCUGGGGGAAAGGAAAAGGAAAAAAAUAGAAGAAACUGGACGGAGGGGAAGAAUUACGCACGGCCGAGUUUUGAACGGAACAGAAGCGCCUUUUACGCACAGACAGAGGUGGAUGCUGGGAAGCGGACCCUCACGUUGGAGAUGUUACCCCUGCCACAGUUCGGGGUCCUGUCGGCCCUGACCACCACGCUCACCUCGGUCCUAUCCGCGCUCUUGCUGCUGGCGCUGACCCGGCAGCUGUGGAGCCUCCGCUGGAGCCUGACCCGGGACAAAGAGAGCAGCCUGCCGCUGCCGAAGGGCUCCAUGGGCUGGCCAUUAGUCGGAGAGACUUUCCACUGGCUUUUCCAGGGUUCCAACUUCCACAUCUCGCGCAGAGAGCGUCACGGCAACGUAUUUAAGACCCAUCUCCUUGGAAAACCUGUCAUCCGGGUGACGGGUGCAGAAAACAUCCGCAAGAUCCUGCUGGGCGAGCACACCCUGGUGUGCACCCAGUGGCCCCAGAGCACCCGCAUCAUUCUAGGACCCAACACCCUGGUCAACUCCAUCGGAGACCUGCACAAGAGGAAGAGAAAAAUCCUGGCUAAAGUGUUUAGCCGGGGGGCUCUGGAGUCCUACCUGCCCCGGCUGCAGGACGUCGUCAAGUCCGAAAUCGCCAAGUGGUGCUCGGAGCCUGGCGCCAUCGACGUUUACGGCGCCGCCAAGGCCCUGACGUUUCGCAUCGCCGUCAGAGUCCUGCUGGGUCUGCAGAUGGAGGAGGAGCGCACCGUCUACCUGGCCCAGAUCUUCGAGCAGCUGAUGAACAACCUCUUCUCGCUCCCCAUGGACGCUCCGCUCAGUGGGCUACGCAAGGGGAUAAAAGCCAGGGAAAUCUUGUACGCCAACAUGGAGAAAAUCAUCGAGGAAAAGAUGGCGCGGCAGCACGCAGAGGAGGAGUACCACGACGCCUUCGACUACAUAAUGUUGAGCUCCAAAGAGCAUGGCCAUCAGCUCAGCAUCCAGGAGCUCAAGGAAACAGCGGUAGAGUUGAUCUUCGCUGCUCACUCCACCACAGCCAGCGCCUCCACAUCGCUAAUUCUUCAGCUUCUUCGCCAUCCAGAGGUGGUGGAGAGGGCCAGGGUCGAGCUGGAGGCCGAGGGCCUGGGCUGCGAAUCCCCCAGCAGUCCCAGCCCGCUGCCGGCUGUCGCCAUGGAAAAAGAGGAGGACACAGAGACAACCUGCCUGCUGAACGGCGGCUGUCAAAAUCACAGCGAUGGUUUCCCAUAUUCCCAGUCUCACGUGCCGUAUCUGAGCCUGGACAAGCUGAGCCAGCUCCGCUACGUCGACUGUGUUGUCAAAGAGGUUCUCCGCUUCCUGCCGCCAGUCUCGGGGGGUUACCGGACCGCCCUGCAGACAUUUGAAUUAGACGGCUACCAGAUCCCCAAAGGCUGGAGUGUAAUGUACAGCAUCCGGGACACCCAUGAGACCGCAGCGGUCUUCCAGAGCCCGGAGCUGUUUGAUCCAGACCGGUUCGGCCCAGACCGGGAGGAGGGUCGGUCGGCUCGGUUCAGCUACGUGCCGUUCGGCGGCGGCGUGCGGAGCUGCGUAGGGAAAGAACUGGCACAGAUCAUCCUAAAGACUCUGGCUGUGGAGCUGAUCGGGACUUGCAAAUGGACUCUGGCCACGGAGAACUUCCCCAAGAUGCAGACAGUGCCGAUAGUGCACCCGGUAAACGGGCUGCACGUGCAUUUCGCUAACUUGCGUAAGUAAUUUAACUUUCAACGUGCUUCUGGAAAAAACUCUCCAAGCCCAAGAAAGGGGGCACAAGCAACAUACGGGGCCUGAGGGCACAGUUUAGGCGCCCUUAUCUUUUCCAUGGACAUGAAUGAGGGGUUCUGUUCUGCAGCGUAUCGUUUCCCAGCAAUUAUUUAAAUGCAUUUUUUUAAGUUAUUCUUGUACGUGAAUAACUCUUAAAAGAGUUGCAGUGCAAAAAGCAGCAUUCUUCUUCUUUAAUUCUUCUUCAUUCUUCUAUAUAUAGUCUUUCUUUUACAGAAGGUCAGUGUUCGCCCUGCUGAACGGACUGCAUGAAUAAGUUACAACAGCAAAUGUUUCUAUUGGGAGCUAAAAAACAAACAUGUCAGGGCCUCAUUAACAGACUUUAGGCACAUUUUUCUUACCUGAAGACACACAACACAUCCACUGUAUGACAGAAUAGAAAGACUUUCUAUGAAGCCAGCUUUGCUCCAACUCUGAUGAAGCCAAGGGACAAAGAUGCAGCGUUUUAAAAUCCACUUUUAUAUUUUGUACAUCUUAGUAGCUUUUACAUCAAUGUGUAUUAGUAAGUACAUAUCCAAGGGCUAUGCAUGCUGACAUGAGUCAUGAGUAUUUUAAUCUACUUAAAUUUACAAAACCUUUAAGAUUCACGAUAAGAUUUUUCACACAAAAAAAAAAAAAAAUCUUCUAGUCUAGCGACAGAAGUGGGGAAAUCACCUUCAAUGACUGUGUUUUGUGUUCUUUUCUUGUUUAAAAGUUCAAGUUUUUUCUAUUUACAUCUUGUUACGAGGGUUGGGUGCCGAAACCUAUGCUAAUACGGCACCGGUGCCUUAACCAUCGGUAUCUACCUGACGGAAUGGCAAUGCAGAUUUCGUUGCCUCAUUUCGGUGUCACUUUAACGCCCGCGCUGCUCUCUGAUGCUCCGAAACACACGUUAGAAGCAACAGAAGCGUUGCUGAACGUGACUCGUGUUAAUACUACACUUGGCAGUAGGCAACAUUAGCCUAGCGUUAGCCUACCGUUAGCUAGUAGCUGAAAUAGACAGAGUCAAACGGUGUAGAGUGUGACUGUAUUUCACUGGAGAAGAUUCCAACACCAGCACGUUCAACAGUCAACGGUGUGUUUACUUGAAACUAGUAAGCCUCGAGGUGCAUUCAAAGUUAUCGGUAAAGACCCUUUUCCCAUUCAGUGGUAGUUUUUGUAGUUUUACCAGCAAUUUACUGGUGAAGUGAGUAAGGUUAAAGAUUGUUUUUGGGCUUUUCCACUUUUAAUGGACAGGACAAUUAGGUAAGAAAGGGUAGAAAGAGAGAGAGAGGGAGGACAUGCAGGAAAUCUUUACAGGUCAGACUCGAACCCUUGACCUCUGUGUCAAGGCAAAAGCCGCAAAGUGUAUGUGCGCCUGUUCUGCCCACUGUCUCACCCCGGCCGCACGUUUUUACAUUUUUAAUAAAACAUUACAUUUUCACUAUAUGGCAUUUUCAAUGUCUGCGAUUGUGGUUUUAUGUACUUCCUUUAUUUAUUUUUUUAGUAACGUUUUUGCACCAGUUUCGCAUAAAACCCAGACGAUACCCAACCCUACUCAUCACCUGGUCUUGCCUUUCUAAACGGCCUGUAAGCAAGCCUGCCAGCUCUGUGGAGAUCAUAAUAAUAUGUUGAAUCAUAAUGUGACAGCUCUCAUUAGAAGCAGAAUACAGUCAGAUUUGCAGUGAUCUGCAGUGGGAAAAGGUCUUGAAACCUUUGGGAAAACGUUGGAGACAGGAGAGACUGGACUCAUCCAGAUGGCUUAGUCGUGAUGUCUAGCAAUGGUCUCCACCACUAAAACAUCACAAAAAGGUCAAAAUACAUUCAAACUGUUCUAUUUUUUGAACAGGAAUGAUAAAUAUAUCCAGUAUAACAGUGCUAUUAUGUGUGUAUCAAAUGAAGUAGCAUUAUGAAUAAGCUGUAUUUAAACUGCAAAUGUAUACUUUUUGUUGUACUUUUACUCUAUCUGUAACAAUAUUUGCUGUAAUUAAGAAUAGAUAGACACUAACCUGUAAUGUAAAGGAUGGUUGAUUCUGUUUCACAGCUAGAACAUAGAGAUCUUCCAUUGUUUAGAGCAGCAUAUAUAGAGAGUAACGUUAUUAUUAUUAUUAUUGUUAUUAUUGGUCUAAUUUUAGGACUGUUUCUGUCUUGGUUUUGAAGCCUAAUAGACGCGCUGUGAAAUCGUACGUAUGGGUGGAUUCGUGGAAGGAGAUAGCACUUUCUCCGCUUUAAGGAGUCUGUAUAUAUUUGUCCUGUUUAUGCAUUCAUUGAGUGUAUCAGAUGUAGCUGCUGUACAGUUGUAUGGAAAGAGUAAAUUAGAAGAUGAAAAACAA